UGUUACUCCUUACCGUGCUGGUUCACUUACCCAUUAUUAUUGUUUAAAUCACAAAUUAUCUGGAGGAUUAUAUAUCGCGUAUCAGCAUACAAACGGAAUAUAAGUUCGUGAAUAUGAAAAGAAAAGAAGAGAAUGUUCUAAAGUGUUGAUGAAAAUAAAUCUUACUGCACAAUUCAACUUGAAAAUGGGAAACAUCAAGCUGAAAGAAGCUGUGUGUUGAUGACGCAAGGAUACUGUUAGAACAGCACCCAUGAAGAAGAGUGGCAAUGUAGAUUUAUGUAUUACUUGAAAAAUAACCAAAGGAAGAAGAAAUAUGACACUGAACAACGGGUGAGAACUGUGACAUUACUGUGUUUACAAGAUGAAACAGAUAGCGCGGAAGGUCACGGGAGUGGUGAUCCUCUUGCGGUUGUUUCUGCAGCGGAGGUGGAAGUCCAUGGGCGUCACCUUUCUGCUGUGGGCGGUGGGCGUCCUGUGUGUUGUUACCCUCUACCUCACCUACACACAACCCGCCGGCAUACAUGUGCUAUGUGAGUGUGGCGAGAAGGUGGAGACAAGGGAGAGGGUUGACAGGUACCUCGCUAACCUCAUGAAAGAAGUCGAUCCUACGAUAAACAGAACAGCCUUACAAGCGUCCGAGGCGUGGCACCCGUCCCUGGCCGUGAAGUUCCUGGUGAGUCAGGAGCGUCGCGGGUAUCGCUGCUCCACCACACCCGGCCUCUUCUCCGUCAGGCACAGUAACCUCUACUGGCAAGAGGCCACCGUCGCUCACACCACUUUCCUCCUCUACGGCGCUUACUACGACGACAGAGAUGUUGAAGAAGGGCCUCUGGUGCGGGUGCUUGUAAUGGUGGAGGCUGCCUGGCCGCCCACGCCCACUUGUCACUUCUGGUACGCCCACGACGACCCUGUCCCUGUCGCCACCAAGGCCAUCCGCAUGGAUUACGUGCAGUGGCAGGAGCGAGUAGAGGGCCAGUGGAUGCCCUUCUUGGUGACGUGCCGGGCGGGGCGUAACCUCAGGGGCAUUCCCAGGGUGGUGUCUUUGGUUGCCUACGCCUGCGAACCCGCUACCAACGCCCUAAGGGUACUAAACCAGGGGUUCUCUGCCCCCUACACCAAAAAGGGCCUCGCACUCUGCCACAAGUUCAUCUUUAACCCUGCCAGGGACUUCUCCAAGAGGCUGGUGGAGUGGGUGGAGGUGGCUCGAGCUUGGGGCGUGGACGAGGUGAUGGUGUACGAGGGAGCGGCCCACCCCAACGUGACCAAGGUCCUGCGGUACUAUCAGAAAGAGGGAUACCUGAAGGUGAUGCCUUGGACCAGCCCUGGGUCACAGCCCUCAAUACCUCACCUGUACCGCACCCUCUAUGAUACCCAGAGGUUCAACCUCUUUUCCAACGAGAACGUACCCUACACGGACUGUCUGCUGCGACACAUUGCCACGCACAAGUACGUGGCUGUCUGGGAUGUGGACGAAUUCAUGCUGCCGGCGACCCAUCCGUCUCUCCCAGCCAUGAUGGACGCCGCGAAGGCCAGGGCGGAGUCCCUCGGCCUGCAUCCUACCUCCUAUCUGGCCCGCUGUUCAUAUUACUUCGACGACCUGACUGAACAACCAACGAACGACCUGCCGGAAUACCUGUACUCCUUACGUCAUGUGACCCGCACCGUCAGGCUGACACCCCCUGCCGUCUUCACGAAGUCCAUUCACGACACCUCCUACGCCCUCGGCCUCCACGCCCACUUCGCUUUAGUUAACCUGGCCGGACCGGUGGAUCGAAUCCACGAUCUAUACCACCUAUACCCGGGUCACGAGGCCCACCUAGCCCACUACAGGUCCAAGUGUCAAGGGGAGAGUCAGGUAGAGUGUGAGACGGACUUCCGGCCCUACCUAACGCGUGACACUACCAUGUGGCGCCACCGUCAGGCUAUCUCAAACGCCGCCAGGCGAGUCCUGAUGAAAUUAAAUCUUAUUCUUCCCUGAUCUAUUUCUUUUAAAGAAAUUUCAGAUACAGCUGACAGUUGAUAAACACACAUUGGGUGAACAAAAGGUGUAAAAUGAGAAGCAAAAGAAAAAUAAGCCAAAAGGCGAAAAGACUCAAGUAAUUCACCAUUUACCUUUAAUUUAUGAAGCGUUCAAAUUACAUAAAAUAAUCCAAUAUGCAAAUAUCAAUUCUUGUAUUGAAAAUUCCCCUGGAUGUUUCUCAGUUCUUCCCCCUUGAUUUUAAUACAUUCAUUCCGAAAUGGUAUUCUUCAGUUCGCCGAUAUAAUUUAUUAUAAACACGAACAUUUACUCCAUAUUAAUAAAAACCACCCUCUACUGUUUUUGCACUCCAGGCAAACUGGCUAUAGUAUGUAUACUUAAUAUCAAUCAGAGUACCGUCAUCAUAUCUGAGGGUUGGCGACCACAGUCCUCCACUCUAAACGUUUCGGGCUGUUU